GCGAGUAGGUGAGUGUUCUGCUCUACGUGCAGUACAGAUAACGUUGUGUUACUGGAGGGGUAACCCAUAUAGAUUACAGGGGCUAUCGACAGUCAAAGUCCCAGGUGGGGGCCUGUGCUGCCUUCACUUGUGUCAAACUCUCCUAGACAGUCACUAUAUGUGCCAUUAUCCCCCAGAAAUCAUCCACCAUGUCUGCAGUUGUCCUUCACAAAUCUUUCACCAUAUCUGUGCAGUUCUCCCCCAGAAACUAUUCACUAUGUUUGUACCGUUCUCCCCUAGCAACCAUUCACCAUAUCUGUUCUAGUCCUCUUGAGUAACCAUUCACUUUGUCUCCACCUCAAAAAUGUUUUUGGCAAGCAUAACGCAGAUUUUUCUUUUUAGUGCAAAUUAGGCUAAGCCUGGGCAUUGAGGCCCAAGGUGCAGGGUGAAUGAAUCAUCACAAGCAACUGUUAAUUUUCCUCCCCAGGUGUGCAGCUGUGAUGGUCAUGUUAACCUAGCCCUCAGCGCCACCUCUUCCCGCCUGGUCCCUCGGUGUGUCCUGCCCUGUUGCCAUGACGUGGUGCGCCCUCACUGCCACGUCCAGCCUGUUGCUACUGUUUGUGGUGCCCUCCCUCUGCAGCCAUACAGGGGAGUUCCCCAGCCUGGUGGCCAACCUGACCCUGGACAAAGAGGCAGCAUGUGUCUCUGCAUGUAAAGUCUUUCCAGACUGUGAUUUGAAGGCCUUUGAAGAAGAGAAGAAAAUGUGCUAUUUUUUCAAGUGUCCCAAUGGCACUGACUGCCAAACUUUCUCUGUGGACGAGCUUCUCAAAAGCCAAGGAACUGGUGACCAUGUUGCCCCAGAAAACUCUCAAUUGCCCUUGUCUCCAAGUGCUUCUGUUCCUGCUGCCAUUGAUGACUUGUUGCCCCAAGAGCACCAGUCAAACUCGUCAUUGCCCAUCCACCCUAACAGCAGCAACACAGAUUUAAUGCUCGACAAGGGUACAAAGAAUAGCACUUUGCCUCCAAGCAGCACGACUUUAUACUCCCCGUCCCUGUCAUCCACUGGAGACACCUUGGGGCAGGGACCCGCACCUGUGGCUACAGCUGUUGAUAGUACACCUUCACCAUUUCAGCCCACAGGUGAGGCCGCUCCCACAAAUCUCACUACCAUUACCAGCAAACCUGCUACCAUCAACAUCACUACAACCAUGACUACCAUGCGUACAAAUAAGUCUGACAGUGCGGCAGUUACGCCAACGACCCAAAUCUCACUGAAUAAAACCUCUGCAACAAAACUUACCACCACAAACGCUGCAAAUCUGACAACCACAGCCGUGGCAACAACCGCAAAGACGACAACCACGUCGGCGUCAACGACCACGGCCAUCAUGACAACAACACCAACAGCCGCAAUCUCCAAAACGCCACCGGCUACCACCUCAACUACGGCCAUGGCGAAGGAGACGCCAUCGCUGACCACAGUGAAUGUCCGUAGCACCCCUGCCUCCUCGCUGAGUGCCCCAGAGCCAGUCACCAGCCCGCCCAGGACUACUCCAGGAAAGGAGGGAGGAAACGGUAAAAAAGCCAUUCUAGACGUCGCUGCUGGCCCUCUGACCCGGCAGCUGGUGGACACCAGCUCAUUACUGGCCGUGCUCCUGUUCGGUCUGAUCUUCUUCCUAGUCACCGUGGCCCUUUUCCUCACGCAGGCCUAUGACAGUUACAAGAAGAGAGACUACACCCAAGUGGACUACCUGAUCAACGGAAUGUAUUCAGAUUCAGGCGUCUAAUGGCUAAAGCUGGGAGAGUUGGUGUUUACAUUCCAAAAAUUUCAUUUUAUAUUAAUUUGUCUUGCUUUUUUCUUUCUUUUUUGCUUUUUUGGAAAGGAGUUUAGAAACUGCUUAAGGUUUGAAUGGUGACACACAAAUAUGUUUCCACACAGACGUCACAGUAAUAGACAGGUGCGAUCUUCUGAUUUUGGUUAUUUGAACAUGUUUGGGGUUUGCAUUUUCCUAUGGUUUUGAUAAUCACCCAGCAUUUCCUAUGCAGGCAUUGUGCACUUGCUGUCCAUCUAUGAUGCUGCUGUUCAGUUUGCUGUGGCACACGUAGUACCCAACAGCUCCACUAAUUUGGAUAGUUCUGUUUUUUUUUUGUUUUUGUUUUUUUGUUUUUUUUUUAAGAAUGAGAGCUUCUCAGCACUGCAGAGCUGCUGUUGAGAAUUCCUGUCCAAGUUUUGAUUGUUAACAUUUCUAUUCAAAAUUUGAGUGAACACAGGCCGGUUCUGCAAUGCUAUGGGAAGGGAAUAGUACUGUUGUAUAAAUUGGGCUUGAUAAAAUGAAGUGCCAACUGAUUGAAUAAUAUUUAACUUGAAUAAACUUUAAGGUCAUUAAGCUCUUUAAUUCUUGUCAAAAAUACACAGUGAAAAAUGCAAGCCCUAAAUAUGUACCGGAUGUUCAUACACCAACCUGUUUCACUGUAUCUGGGCCAUGCUAUGUAGGCGGAGUGUUGAGUGUGUGUUUGUGCGUGCGUGCGUGUGCGCACAUGCAUGCUCUCUUAUGUAGCUGAUGCAUCUUCAUCCGCAAAGCCGUGAGUACUGAGUCUUAAAUUUCAGUAUUUGCUAACCAUUAAACAUAGAGAGGUACAGUUUGCUUAUGAAGUGAAUAACUCAUUUUACUUCAUUUUAUGUGUGUGUGUGCAUGUGUGCAUGUGUGCGUGUGUGUGCGUGCGUGCGUGCACGCGUGCAUGUGUGUGUGUGCACGUGCGUGCGUGCACGUUAAAGCAAGAUUAUUUCGCGUUUUGUAAACAUGUCUCAACAUUUUAUUUCCUGAGUUCAUUAUGCAAGACUUAAUUAAUAAUGCCUUUCCCUACAAUUAUCACCAGCCCCCUGGUCCCCAACACAUUUUUUAUUUUUUAUUCCAUUUAAUGGGUUAAGAAUGAAUGCCAAAAUAAUAUCCAGAACUCUGGAGCACAUCCUUAUGAAGCCAAGGGAAUCACACAGCCAUUAUGAAGUGCAUUCAAGCAGCAAGGAAGUUAAAGAAACUUUCUAAUGUUUUGGAGCUGCCAAAGAAUAGCACAAAUCAGAUUGUUUAUGUGCCAAUUUCUGUCUGUAUAGUCUAAUAAUGCACUAUUAAAAAAUGAAACGGGUUUUGCAAUAAUAAAAGCAGGCUAUGCUUUUCAUAAUUUCAUUUAACCAAGAAAUGUCUUUUUUAAUUUACACAACAAAUACAAUGUGUGUGAGACAACACGUUUACAGAUUAGUCCUGUAUGUGUAGUACCCUCUAAUGAGGACAGCUCAUCCUUUUUCAUAAUAAUCAUUGUUUGUGAUGUAUCUCCACAAACUGUAUAGAUGUACUAUUAAUGUGUACAGUACAGUUGAUUAGCAAAAUGUACAUCACAUUAAUAUCGGAAAGAAAGCCUGCACUUAGAGUGUAGUGAUAAGACCCUGGGAACAUGAUAAAGACACACUUCCUGUUUUGAGAAAAUGUAAUGUUAGCUAAUUGGCAAAGAAGUGGAUAAAUGCUUUUGGAGCAGGUGGGUUUUGUUGUUUGAGAGGGAGAAAAAUAUAAGGUGUUAAGAGUUGGCUGUAGGGAAUAGGCAGAAGGGCUACUUUCAUUUGGGAAAGAAGGGAAAAAAUAUGAACCGAAAAAACAAACUGGACAGAUGAGCACAUAGCUGUAUAAGGGUGUAUGUUGUUUUUACACCACAGCUACCUGUCCUGCCGUUUACUUAUAAACGUAAUCUCAAACCAUUUCUUACAAAUCUCAAAUCUUCUUCUGCUUAGCCAAAGGUGCUACAGCCAACAGCUGAAAAAACUAAACCCAAAUAAGAUUUAAACUGUCACAGUUAAGUCAGUAGCCCUUCAACUGCAUUGCAUUACUGCAAGUUACAGGCGUGUGUCUUUGACGCCUAUUUCAUUGUAAUGUUUUGUUUUCCCUUAGGCAUUUAUGCAAUAAACUGCUCUGCAGCAUGUACAUGUAGUAACUGACUGUAGAACACUUUCUAUAACUUUAUGGGAAGGUCAGAUGGAGGAAUUCAUAUUCAGGACAUUAGACCAAAAUAUUGUGUAUCAUGAAACUGGUAAACUGUGUUAUGAGCAAAGUUCAAUUGUUGAAACCCAUAUUUUGUUGUCUUAAGACAAAAUAAUCUUUCAGACUGUACAAUGCCAUGAAAAGAAAAUUCUCCCCUUCCUGAUUUCCUUUAUUGUUGCAUAUUUGUCACAUUGGCAAUGGCUGAACGUCUUUGGACUGGGGUUGGGUAUUGUUUGAAAAUUUUCAAUACCGAUACCAAAACCGAUACCUUUAAUUCGAUACAAUACCUCCACGAUACUUUUUUCGAUACUUUAUAUUAUGAAAACCUUAUCGGAUUAUCGGCCAACUACUUUUCUAUAAAUGAUUAUACAGCGAGCACCAUAAUUCAUUGGACAGUGACACAUUGUGUUAUUUUGGUUCUGUACUCUAGCACUUUGAAAUAGAAAGGAUACAAUGACAAUGAGGUCAACGUGCAGACUGGCAGCUUUAAUGUGGGAGCAUUUUCAUACAUAUCAGAUGAUCAUAUAUGCAUAACACAUAUUUUUAAAUAUUUGCCAUCUACGUGGUUACUAAUGUUUAAGUCGCCUGUAUACAACUACGCCGGUAGUGAUUAGCUGGCUGCGAUAGCGUUAACGUCGUCUACCGUAAAGUAUCGAAAUUUGGCACCGUUUUUUCCAAAAUAAUUUGAUACUCGGUAGGACCGACAUAAUUCGGUCCGUGCCAAAUGGCACCGUUUUUUGAUACCCAACGCUACUGAUAUUACAUUUUGUCUAAAGAUCUGAAACCAUUUACUGUGACAAAUGUACAAUACUAGAGGGAAUCAGGAAGGGGCUAAUAGCUUUUCACGGCACUGCAUGUGUAACAGCAAAGUAAGUCAUUCUGGAAAUGGUCAUGGAAAAAUGACCUCUGUGGAUGCAGUGUGUUUCUGUAGAGGACAUAAACUAUAUGAUGUGUGAGGUUUUAUGUCACUUGGAAAAGACAACAGCCACUACAGCUGUAAAACCAGCAGUGACUGUGAGGGUUUGAGGACACGUGUGUGGGCCAUUUGUCUACAUGUAUGACACACAAAGGAGUACUCGUGAAAUAAAACAAAUCAAGGUUAUAAAUACAA